CGCACCCCUGCUAUUACGCCGUAACCAGGUUGCGGCCUAGUCUAGCGCACCCAGUACUCUCACUGUACGACGCCAUCCCUACCGCCCACUCACCCCCCUCGACAUCCGAGGCCCAGCACUGUUAUCCACAUUCGGUCGCUGCUAGUGCCUCCAGCCAUGAAGCGCUCCCUGAAGUGGUUUAGUUCCAAAACCACCUCCAGCCCCAGUAACAGUCCCGAGCCUGCGGGGCCCUCCGUUGGGGCCGGUGGAAAUAAUAGUUAUCGCGCAUCGCCUUCCUCUGUUUCCGCAGCGUUCAGGAACCCAUCGCCUUCCGACUCAACAACCGAUUCACCCUCUUCCCUUCUUCACCCAUCCUCGCCGUCGCCGUCCCCGACACCCCAACCGCUGACCCCCCGUGACUCCGUCUUUCCUCGAUCCGAUCUUUCGCCACUCACUGCCUCGAAACCCAUUGACAUUGCGGUCUCCCAUCAUCGGUCCACUGCAUCCAUCUCACCGGCUGACCGCAAUCCCAUCACUUUCCCAACCCACGAUCUCGACGAUCUCGAUAUCAACUGGGACCAAGGCCCUUGCCUCGCCGACCUUGGUUUCGACCCUGACGUCGACAUGACUGCCGGUCAACAUUUCGACUCGGCCUUGAGCCGCAGUCGACAGGAAUCCUUCCUAGGCACUGGCGCAAAACCCAUCUCCAUGGCAAACCCUAAUCGCGACCACGUCAACCGCAUCCGUCGCGAAAGUAUGGCUGGCAGUCUCAGAGCAGGCAGCCUUAUGGCGGGGAGUCUUAUGGGUAACGGUAUGAGCUGGGGCGGCAUUUCUGUUGGAAGCUUUAUUCGCGAAGAUAUGAUGAUGACAGGCACUUCACCCUAUUUAACGCACCAGUCUCCCUCGUUCCAUUCUUCGUCGUAUAUUCCCAAACUCGAGGCCAACUUCAUGCGCGAUUUCACCUGCUGCGACAGGACGUGGCCGACUCUCCAUGAUCUCCUUCAACAUUACGAGGAGAACCACCACGCCACCGCAGCACCCAACACCUCCAACCAGAAUCUCAAUACCUUUGGCACCAAUCAAGGGAACGCACGCGGGACCGCCAGUCGUGCCACUCCAACUCCUGCAGCGAGUAGAGCUCAGCCAGGAGCCCAGGCGAUGAAUGGAUAUCAAGGUCAGCGUCAUUUGAGUGUUGCUGGCGCAGGAAUGGGCCUUGGCGGUAUCGGACAGAUGAUGCGACAGCAACAAGUAGCUCCAGCUGUGUCAAAAAUGUCCUCCAUGUCACACAUGAACGAUGAUAUGGAUACUGUCGGAGAGAUGGAGCUUGACGAGACCGUGGGACCUAUGGAGAUGGACGAUAAUCAGCGGACAAUCCAGCAGACUCGGCAAUUGUUUGGGCAGCAGCAGCGUUCUCAACUACACCUGAACAGCUCUGGGCUUCCGCACCAGGCUUUGCGCACUUCUCAACCCCCAACUCCUGCUGCUGUCAGCUUUGGUUUCCAGAACAACCCGACCGUUUCGUCAGUCAACACGCCAACCCUGACAACACAAGGAGGCCUACCUCAGCGGGGACAGUUUGGUCAGGAAGAUGACAAUGGUGAUGACAUGUCCGGAAUGCCUAUGAAGAUGAACAUCGGCGGUGUGAAUCUGAACGGCGGCCAGCUCGGAGGACUGGCGGGAAACUUGGCUUUCGGGGCUUUGGGAACGAUUGAUGAUCCUGCAAAGAGGCUGUAUAGCCCUGGUGGUACGACCCAGAUGACGAGCCAGCAACGAGCGUUCGAUGCCCAAAUGCAGAUGCAGCAGCAGUUGCAGCAGCACCUGGCGUCGAUGAAUCUCGAUUUGAAUCAGCUUGCUCCUGGUACAGACCCUGCUCUGCUUCUGCAGCAGAUGACUGCGCUCAUGAUGCCGCCGACAGAAGAACACAAGCCUUUCCGCUGUCCCGUCAUUGGAUGCGAGAAGGCAUACAAGAACCAGAAUGGUCUGAAGUACCACAAGACCCAUGGACAUUCGACCCAGCAAUUGCAUGAGAACGGCGACGGCACCUUCUCGAUCGUCAAUCCAGAAACGAGCACGCCUUACCCUGGUACCCUGGGUAUGGAGAAGGAGAAGCCCUUCAAAUGCGACGUUUGCGGAAAGCGCUACAAGAACUUGAAUGGUCUCAAAUACCACAAGCAACAUUCCCCCAUGUGCGACCCUGAAAUGAGAGCCCAGCACCAGAAUUUGAUCUCGACCAUGAUGUCCAACCCAGCUGCGCUCAUCGCUUUCCAGCAAAACCUGCCCAACAUCAACGAAGACGUCAUGUUGUAGGACGAAGGCGCAUUUGAUAAGCAGUUGGACAUGGCCAAGAUCGACAAACGACCUUGCGUUGUCCCGGGUCGCAGUCCACGUGAAGCUUAAUAUACCCAGCGUCCUCGGCUUGACGUUGUGGGGACACACGGCAUCCGAUCCAAGCCUUGGAAAGGUCUGAUGGCGGAGCCCUGUGUCCGAUUCCCGAUAAACUGCCGUUUACUGUUGCGGCCGCCAUACAAGUCACGCAUCGGUUAGCAAAAAACGCCUCUCAUCUCCGGUUUUCAUGUUUGACUUCACUGUUAUGUUUUGGAGGGUCAGAAAAGUUCCAUCUUGGGUUUACACUACACCUUUCAGUAGCAGCAUUUUGCGUGGCGUUUUUCUUGUUCUUUUUCCUUUUCGUUUCUUGUUUGUUUCCAAUAUUUGUCACGGUACACGAGAGGAGAGGAGUGUACAGAAAAAAAGAGUCAAGUGGUUUUCUAUAGGCUUUGUAUGGCUUUAGUGCAGGGUAGUACGUAUGGGGAAAAAAGGGAUGUCUGGGAAAAUGAGAAAAGUCUUAAAAGCUAGAGGGGAAUGGCAGCGAAUGUCUGUAUUCUUGGUCUCGGAUCUGGAGGGAAAAUGUAUCAAGUUGAAGAAGGCGAAGAAUCUCUCAAAGAAGGGGGGGUUUUGCCGGCAUAUCCCCCUUAUACCCAGGAGAGACGAAACGAAGACGGGCGAAGGAACGAGAGAAAGACCAUUAUAGAGGUAGGAUUUCACACACUGGUUCUCAGGUAGCGUUAGCAUCUUACCCGUUAGCCGCUUUGAUUUAUUCAUUAGAGAUACCAUUACUGGGAAAGACCUAUUUUAGGUGCUAAAGGAUGCGAGCGGGAUGGGAUGGAUCAUGAUACCCCCCCUGUGUCCAGGAAGGUCGCUUGCUUGCUUUACCUUGUUGGGGAAGAGCCAAGUCGAUGGAGCGUAACGCUACCAAGUAGAAUCAUCUCUGAAUCUUCGGUCUCAAAUUCUCAAUUGGGAAGUCUAAGUGGGAGUACGGCAGUCUGCACUUCUUUUUUACUUCUGCUACCUAUUCGGUCUAUCUCAUAUCAUUAUCGAUGUCGGUCGUGUUCCACGCUUCUAGAGAAAGAAGAGCUGUCUUUUCUUCGGGUAACUACUAGACUUAACCCGUCUUCAGCGGCAGAGCGGAAGUGGCAGUGUUCUACAGUAGAUGGUUAGAUAUCGAUAGACAAAGUUGAGUGAGCCAAACAGUGUG